GGAACCCGUUGUGCUGGAGAAGUAGCAGCUAGUGCAAACAACUCACACUGUAUAGUUGGAAUUGCAUAUAAUGCCAGAAUUGGAGGAGUACGGAUGCUAGAUGGUGAUGUUACAGACAUGGUAGAAGCAAAAUCACUUAGCCUCAAUCCCCAGCACAUACACAUCUACAGUGCUAGCUGGGGUCCUGAUGAUGAUGGGAAGACAGUUGAUGGACCUGCUUCUUUAACGCGCCAGGCCUUUGAGAAUGGCGUCAGAACGGGCCGAAACAGCUUGGGUUCCAUUUAUGUUUGGGCUUCUGGAAAUGGUGGAAGGAGUAAGGACCAUUGUUCCUGUGAUGGCUACACCAAUAGCAUCUACACGAUCUCCAUCAGCAGCACAGCUGAAAGUGGGCGGAAACCUUGGUAUCUGGAAGAAUGCGCAUCUACACUUGCCACAACUUACAGCAGCGGAGAAUCCUAUGACAGGAAAAUAAUCACCACAGACUUGAGGCAGCGUUGCACAGACAGCCACACGGGAACAUCAGCAUCGGCACCUAUGGCUGCAGGAAUCAUUGCACUGGCUCUGGAAGCAAAUCGACUACUGACAUGGAGAGAUAUACAGCAUAUCAUUGUAAGGACUUCACGGGCAGGGCAUCUGAUUGCUAAUGACUGGAAAACCAAUGGGGCUGGUUACAAGGUUAGCCACCUAUAUGGAUUUGGAUUGAUGGAUGCUGAAGCCAUGGUGAUAGAAGCAGAAAAGUGGACAACAGUCCCUCCACAGCAUGUGUGUGUUGAAAAUACAGAUCGGCAAAUCAAAACAAUACGACCAGAUAAUAUUCGUAAUGGACCAGAUAAUGGUGUCCGUUCAAUAUACAAAGCGACAGGCUGCGCAGAUAAUGCCAAUCACCAUGUCAUCUACCUGGAACAUGUCGUUGUGCGCAUCACCGUCACACAUCCCCGGAGAGGUGACCUGGCAAUUUAUUUGACUUCUCCUUCUGGAACAAAAUCUCAACUAUUGGCUAACAGGUUAUUUGACCAUUCCAUGGAAGGGUUUAAAAGCUGGGAGUUUAUGACAACUCAUUGCUGGGGUGAAAAAGCAGCUGGUGACUGGAUUUUGGAAAUUUAUGAUACCCCGUCACAGCUAAGAAACGUCAAGACUCCAGGUAAAUUGAAAGAAUGGUCCUUAGUACUUUAUGGUACUUCUGUUCAGCCUUAUUCCCCAAGAAAUGAUUUCCCAAAAGCCGAACGAGUACGCUCAAGUCCAAUAGAAGACCCUACAGAAGAUUAUGGGGCAGAUGACUAUGCAGGUCCAUGCAAUGCAGAGUGCAGCAAAGUGGGAUGUGGUGGCCCAGGACCAGACCACUGCAAUGACUGUCUACACUACUACUACAAAUCUAAGAACAACACGCGAAUCUGUGUUCCCAACUGUCCUCCUGGUCACUACAGCGCCGACAAGAAACGCUGUAAAAAGUGCUCACCCAACUGUGAAACAUGUUUUGGAAGCCACAGUGAUCAAUGUAAUACCUGUAAACCUGGUUACUAUAUCAAUGAAGAGUCCAGGAAUUGUGUUACCAGCUGCCCAGAUGGGUUUUACCUGGAUAAUAAUAAGAUUGUAUGCCGUAAAUGCAGUGAAAACUGUAAGACAUGCACUGAAUUUCAAACCUGCACAGAAUGCAGACAUGGCCUAAGUUUACAAGGAUCCAGGUGUGUCAUCCGCUGCGAAACAGGAAAAUACUACAAUGGCAGGGACUGUGAGCCAUGCCACCAUUCCUGUGCUUCUUGUGCAGGUCCAGGAGCAGACGCCUGCAUAAACUGCACCGAAGAGUAUCUUAUGGAGAAUGGGAGGUGUGUGCUGGCCUGUAACAAUGGCUACUACUUUGAUCACUCGCUAGAAAAUGGAUACAAAACUUGCAAAAGAUGUGAUGCCAGCUGUUUUGGGUGCAGUGGUCCAGGAGAGAAAAACUGUACAAGUUGUCCAAAUGGCUAUAUCUUAGAAACAGGUCUCUGCACAGUUGGUCUAGUCUGUAAAGAUGGGGAAAAUAUCGACCCUCUUGGUCACUGUCAGGUCUGUGAUGAUUCCUGUCCUAAGUGCCCAGAACCAACGGCAGAGAACUGCACUGGCUGUACAAGUUCUUUGAAUGAUGGGCGCUGUGUUCUUCAGUGCCCUAAAGGGAAAUAUGAAUUUGAAAGUCAGUGUCAUUCAUGCCAUCAGACCUGCAUGGAAUGCAGUGGAGGCGAACCCAACCAAUGCUCCGCUUGUGGAAAAGAUAAGAAAGGCAACACACACUUCCUGUACCUGGGAGAAUGCAGAGAAAGUUGCCCUCUGGGCCACUAUUCUUCAGAGGAAGAGAACACCUGCCGGCCGUGCUUUGAGCACUGUGAAGUGUGCCCUGAUCAAACCAUGUGCGAAAGAUGCUUUGAUGGAUACUACCUGGCUGAUAAUAGCUGCCAGAAGCACAAAUGUAGAAAAGGUGAAGCAGAGGAACUUGACUCGGAAGAUUGCAUUCCUUGUGCAGAUGGAUGCCUCUCCUGCAGCCUGGAUGACCCAAGAGCCUGCACAUCAUGCAUUCAUAAUUAUUACAUGUACAAACAGCAAUGCUAUCGCACUUGUCCUCAGAAUACGUACAAUGAUGAAAAGUCUCUCCUUUGCAUAGAGUGUCAGCCAAAUUGCAGAAGCUGCGACAAAUAUGAGUGUUACUGGUGUAAAGAAGGGUUUUUUCUUCUAGAUGGGAAAUGCGUGAGUGAUUGUGGAGCUGGUUACUACAGCGAUGAGGUCACAGAAGAAUGUGAGCCAUGCCACCGGACCUGUGCAACAUGCAAAGGGUUCGACUCCAACGACUGUACUAGCUGCAAAGGAAUUUUACAGUUACUCCAUGGAAAGUGUGUGAACCUCAAAAGAAAGCAAGUAAAUAGGAAAUUCUGGAAUGAGAGACUGAAACUGCAUACCUCAAAUGGCUUGGGCUCUGCAGACCUGAAAGACCUCUUCCCUUAUGUCCCUUCACGAUCCUUACGGUCAGCCGAGAACGAUCUCUUGUUGGUACCAUCCGUGCACCAAAUCCAGGCGGAAAGGGCACUUAAAGAGGCGUUCUCGGUGGCUGCUCCACAGUUGUGGAAGUCCUUUCCCCUGGAGGUUCGCCAAAACCCAAUUGUCUGGAAACGAUCAACAACUACUCAGUUUGAGCCAUGUGAUCCUUCAUGCCAAACCUGUGAGAAAACUGCCAGCACAUGCACUUCAUGUCCCCAAGAGAGAUUUCUUUUUGGCAAGUCUUGUAUCCGCACUUGCCCACGAGGAACUUUGGGAAAUGUGAAGACAAGACGUUGUGAGUGUCACUCCGAUGCAGACAUGCCACGCUAUUUGCACAAAGGCAAAUGCUUGCAGGAGUGUCCCAAGGGCUUUUUCACUAAAGACGGGGCCUGCAGAGAGUGCGACAGCCCUUGUAAAACGUGUGAAGGAAAUGCCUCCAGAUGUCUGUCCUGUGAAAGUCCUUUUCUCCUAGAACAAACAGAAUGUAAACUUGCCUGCUCAGAGAACCACUUUGCUGAUGAUGGCAUUUGUAGAGAUUGCCCUGAGAUGUGUCAGGAAUGCAUUAUCAAGAGCUCAUGUAAAGUGUGCAUUCCACCAUUUCACCUGCACAACGGGAAUUGUUUACGUUAUUGCCCACCUGAUUUCUUUGCUGGCUCCAACCGCUGUUUCCCCUGCCAUAAAGACUGCAAACAAUGUGAUGGACCAGAUCCCAAUGACUGCACUGAUUGUUCAGAGGAAUUGUAUCUAUACAAUGGUGAAUGUUUUUCUAAUUGUCCAGAUGGCACUUAUUAUGAAGAAGAGACUGACAUCUGUAAAGACUGUGACAGGACAUGUCAGACCUGUUCUUCUUCCACUGACUGCCUUACCUGUGCAGAAGGUCUGUUGAUGACUACUUCAGGCCUUUGUGAGAUGCCCCAAGGCUGUUCCAGCACUGAGUUCUAUGAUGGAUACACCAAAGCAUGCAGCCCUUGUCACAGGAAGUGUUUGGAAUGUACAGGCCCUGCCGAAGAUCAGUGUUUCAGCUGUCCCCAAGAUACGCUUCUUCUCAAUGGAACCUGUGUUGAAGUCUGUCCAGAUGGAUAUUAUAUGGACAGGGAUGAAGGCCAAUGCCACACUUGCCACAGGACUUGUGAGACUUGCAAUGGGAAGCACAGCAGACAGUGCCUGUCCUGCCCACCAGGCUGGUACAAGCAAGAAAAGGGAUGUGUAUCAAUUUGUACAACUGGGUACUAUGCAGACAAUUCUACUGGCUCUUGUGAGAGGUGUCACAAAAGUUGCAAGAAGUGUAUGGGACCAGAAUCUACAGACUGUCUGUCCUGUGAUAAAGAUUUAUUCCUGCUUCACUACAAAAAUGAAUGUCACAUUUCCUGUCCUGAAAAUUACUAUGCUGAUCGUGAUGCAGGCAGCUGUGAGCGGUGCCAUCCAACCUGCCGUACUUGCAGUGGGAAAGGACCUCUCUUCUGCACAUCCUGUGUAUGGAGCUACCAUUUCGCUGCUGGAAUCUGCAACUCAGAAUGCUUGCUAGGAGAAUACAAAACCUCAGAGGAGCACCCAGCAAGAUGUGAAAAAUGUCAUGACACUUGCAUGCAGUGUAAGGGGCCUGGUUCCCUUAACUGUACAGAAUGCCAUCUUAACAUGGAGAUCUACCUGGAUGAAAAUCGUUGUGUGCCAUGCUGUAAGAGUUCUGAACUUGUUGAAACUCAGGAGUGCUGUGACUGCAGUAAAACGCAAGAUGAAUGUAUAUUACGCAUCGCUAACUUGCCAGAGGGACUGAGAGGCAAAGCUGCAGCUUUGGUUGUUGCCGUACUCAUUUUCUUGCUCCUUGCCAUUGGAGUUCCUGUUUUCAUAUGGAGAAGAUCACAGGCCAAGCCCAAGCCAGUAAAGCAAGGUGGAUAUGAAAAGCUGGGAGAUAAUGCAAAGGCUCUUGCCUCUCUCAAAAGCAACCACUACCAGGGCACCAGUUAUUAUGAAGAUCAAGUGAUUGAAUACAAGGACCGGGAGGAAGAUGAUGAUGACGACGAUGACGAUGAUAUUGUUUAUAUGGGCCAAGAUGGCACAGUCUAUCGCAAAUUUAAAUAUGGACUUCUAGAAGAUGAUGAAGUAGAUGAACUGGAGUAUGAUGAUGAAAGUUACUCCUUUAGAUAACCUUUAGAUUAUGUGUCACUUUGUCUUUCCUGCACACUCAGAAUCUCACCUGAAUGGUACAGACAGCCAUUUACAAUAGAUAUAUUUGCAACCAUUGUAUGUGAGUGUGGGUGGAUGUGGAAUACUUACUGCUUUGAAGGAGGAGAUGGCAUUCAGCUUAUCAAGUAAUUAUGUGUAUACUACCCUAAAUUAGCACCUUGGUAAAUGGCUGUCUAUAUCCACACAGAAUUUUUUCAAAUAUAGUUUGAAUAUAAUAUAA